AGCCGAGGGGGAGGUGAGGUGUGUCUGAAGCCUGUAGGCUCUGCAAUGAAGAAGAUUUUUGGCUUCGGAAGUAAGAAGGGCGAGUCGCCCUUCGGCUCCUUCACCAGCUCGCGGAGAGAGAGCGGUAAUCGAAUCAACUCCCGGCCCGAGUACCACAUCCGAGACAAGGAUCUCGGGAAGAUCCACAAAGCUGCCAGCGUGGGCAACGUAGCCAAAGUGCAGCAGAUUCUGUUGCUUGGGAAGAAUGGCUUGAACGACAGGGACAAGAUGAACAGGACUGCUCUCCAUUUGGCCUGUGCCAGUGGCCAUCCAGCAGUGGUAACUCUCCUAGUGGAGAGAAAAUGCCAGCUUAACCUCUGUGACAACGAAAACAGGACAGCGCUGAUGAAGGCCAUACAAUGCCAGGAAGAGGAGUGUGCAACUAUUCUGCUGGAACAUGGUGCUGACCCAAAUGUCAUGGAUAUCAGUGGCAACACUGCUCUCCACUAUGCUGCCCUUUAUCAGAAUAUAUCACUCGCAGCAAAGCUGCUUUCACAUGACGCCAACAUUGAAGCAAGGAACAAGGAGGACCUCACACCACUUUUACUUGCUGUAAGUGAAAACAAUCAGCACAUGGUGGAAUUUUUAGUAAAGAAAGAAGCAAAUAUACAUGUAGUUGAUAAGAUGAAAAGCAAUCGCCAACUGAUUUCUGAAUAUAAAGAAGAAAAGAGACCUAAAACUCCUUCUCAAAAUAGCAACCCAGUGGAUGAGAGUUCUGAAGAAGAGUCUUUAAGCAGGCUUUCCAACAAACCUGGUGUUGAUGAUUCAUGGCCUACAUCAGACGAUGAAGACUUAGAUUUUGAUACCAAGAAUGUCCUGAAACCAAGCUUAACAAAGCUAAUGAGUGCUUCUCGGCAAUCCAAGAAAAACAUAGAAGCAAAAUGUGGCAUCGUGAGGCCAGAGAAGAGAACCUUCUUUGAGGACAAUAGUUCUGAUAGUGAAAAUGAAGAUGUGGUCGAAACCUUUCCCAAACCAUCAGUCAGACUCCAAGGUGUCUCUCAUCCUGCUUUCCCAUCACCUGAACCUCUCCCAAAACCUCUCAAGUCUUUAGCAGGCCUUGGUCUUACAAAGGAAGGAGCAACAAAUCCAGAGAUUGGAGAAAAAGAAAAUGAUACUGAUGUUGAAAGUGCUCCACAAGAGCAAACAGAUCAUAACAAUUUGACUUCUUUUGAUGAAGCACACAAAAAUAAUAGGAGUGAUAUGAUGUCAGCAUUAGGAUUAGGAGAAGAGGAAGGUAUAGAAUCACCUUGGGAUUCUGAGAGUAUCUCUGAGAGUCUUCCACAGAAGUAUGUUGAUCAUUUAUCUGGAGCUGCAGGUCAAAGAGGAAAAAAUAUAUUAAAUGGCCAAGUAGAAGAUGUGCCUUAUAUACCUUCUUGCAUGAGUGGAUCGAGAAACUUUAAGAUGACUAAACUAGAGGAUCCAAGAAAUGUAGGCAUACCAGUAGCCCACAUGGAUUCUCCUGAAGGAUAUCCUCACUUGAAGCCUGCAGUUGGAGUGAAAGAUUCUGUUCCUAAUGAAACAGUAGGAAUGAAGGAUUUGCAAACAUCCAGAUCAGAUUUUUCAGAUUGGGAUUCUGCUAGUUUGACGCUCAAUAAUGAGACUUGUCAGAGAGCCGGGCAUUUGAAAGUUGAUGAUAAAUAUCCAUUUGUGUCUCAAUCAAUGACCAAAAAUCAGUCAGCAUCCACAGAAUUUGGACAGAUGACCUUAAUAGAUAAAGAAAAGAUUAAUAUCGGAGCGGUGUUUCUGUUAGGGAAUUACACGCUCCAUGACCUGUGUGAGUCACAGCUGCCAGAAAACAGAGAAAGCAAACAAGAUUUGUCAGCAGAACUAGACUUAGAAAUAACAUCGGAGGAAGCACAAGAAAGGCUUGAUGGAAGUGAAAAUAACCACUCACAGGUUGAAGAAGAAAAGAAUAAGCACAAAAGUAGUGAAAUGGAAGUAUCAGAAAACAUAUAUGAUGCUGAUGAUAGUGGAUUAAUUCAACAGAGAAAGAGCAGAAAAACUAAUAACCAACAGUUUCCUACCAUGGAGAAUGAAGAUUCUGAUAGUAGCGGUCCUGGCGUGCAUAUGAAGGAAGUAAAGAAAAAUGAAAAUGAAAAAUGGACAUCAAAAGAAUGUGUGAUUACACCAAUGUUUGAGAAGGAUGAUUCACUGAUCGGUGGUCUGCUACACAUGAAUGAUGACAGCAGUUUAAGUGGAGUAGAUCAGGAUGAUGGCAGGGCUGCAAAGGAAACAUCUAACGAAAAGAACAAGGUCAAAGAGCAAAUUGAUUCUAUGGAUGACCUUGAUGACUUAACUCAGUCAUCUGAAACAGCUUUUGAGGAUUGCCAGAUGCUUUACUCUAAUUAUAAGAAUUCCAUGUUGCUAAUUGAACAACUUGGCAUGGAGUGUAAAGAUUCUGUUAGCUUAUUGAAAAUUCAGGAUGCAGUUCUUUCAUAUGAAAGAUUAAUAGAACUUAAAAAAAAUCAAUGUGAACUACUUACAGGAAAAAAUAAAAAAAUGGAAAGUAAGGUUAGUGGGCUACAAAAGGAGCUAUCAGAAACAAAAGAAAUGAAAUCACAGUUAGAGCAUCAAAAAGUGCAGUGGGAACAAGAGCUCUGCAGCUUGAGAUUCACCCUAAAACAAGAAGAAGAGAAGAGAAGAAAUGCUGACAUGUUAUAUGAAAAAAUUAGGGAGCAGUUAAGAAGAAAAGAAGAGCAAUACAGUAAAGAAGUUGAAAUGAAACAACAACUUGAACUCAAUCUCAGAGCACUAGACACGGAACUGAGGACUGUGAGAAAUAAUCUGAAUCAGGUUGUAGAAGAGCGAAAUGACACUCAGAGGCAGCUUUCUCAAGAGCGGAAUGCCAGAAUUUUACAAGAUGGAAUCCUGACCAAUCACCUUGCCAAACAAAAGGAGAUAGAAAUGACUAAUAAGGAAAUGAAUUCUGAGGUGUCCAAUAGUCCUGAAAAAGAAAAAGAUCUGUUACAUAAAAACCACAUCUUGCAGGACGAAGUUGCCAUGCUAAGACUGGAAAUAGACACAAUAAAAUGUCAGAACCAGGAAAAGGAAAAGAAAUAUUUUGAGGACAUUGAAAUUGUAAAAGAAAAGAAUGAUGAUCUUCAAAAGACAAUAAAACUGAAUGAGGAAACAUUAACAAAGACAACAUUCCAAUAUACUGGACAGCUUAAUGUUCUGACAGCUGAGAAUACAAUGCUAAACUCUAAGCUGGAGAAUGAAAAACAAAGCAAAGAAAGACUGGAAACAGAAGUGGAAUCCUACCGUUCUAGACUGGCUACUGCCAUACAUGAUCACCAUCAAAGUCAGACAUCAAAAAGAGACCUGGAACUUGCCUUCCAGAGAGCAAGAGAUGAGUGGUUACGCUUGCAGGACAAAAUGAAUUUUGAUGUGUCUAACCUGAAUGAUAACAAUGAGAUGCUUUCCCAGCAACUUUCUAAAGCUGAAAGUAAAUUCAAUAGCCUAGAAACCCAGCUCCAUCACACGAGGGAUGCUCUCAGAGAAAAGACUUUGAUGUUAGAACGUGUACAGAGAGACCUAAGCCAAGCACAGUGUCAAAAGAAGGAAAUUGAACACAUGUAUCAAAGCGAACAAGGCAAAGUGAAUAAAUACAUUGGAAAGCAGGAAUCCUUAGAAGAGAGAUUAUCUCAACUCCAGAGUGAAAACAUGUUGCUCAGACAGCAACUGGAUGAUGCGCAAAACAAAGCCGACAGUAAAGAGAAGACAGUGAUUAACAUCCAAGACCAGUUUCAGGAUAUUGUGAAAAAACUUCAAGCUGAAAGUGAAAAACAAGGUCUGAUGCUGGAGGAAAGAAACAAGGAGUUAAUCAAUGAAUGUAAUCAUUUAAAAGAGAGAAUGUAUCAGUAUGAAAAUGAGAAAACAGAAAGAGAAGCACUUGUGAGACAACUUCAACAAGAACUGGCUGAUACCCUAAAAAAGCAAUCUAUGUCAGAGGCUUCACUGGAGGUCACGUCACGUUAUCGUACUAAUUUAGAAGAUGAGGCACAGGAUUUAAAGAAAAAAUUACGUCAAGUCACCAGUCAGCUGCAAGAAGCACAGGAUCAACGUACAGAGGCCAUGAGAUGUGCUGAGAAGACGCAGGAUCACAUCCAAAAGCUUGAAAUUGAAAAUGCCAAGUUAAAAGCUGCAGUCAAAAAGCAAGCCGGCAAAAUUGAACAGCUUCAGAAAAACCUGUUAAGUACAAGUUCAUCUGAGGAUGAAAAGGAGCAAUUAAAGAAAUGUAUUGAGUUAAAACAGUCUCUGGAAUAUAAUUUGGAUCAAGAACUGAAGAAAAAUUGUGAAUUAGAAAAAGAGAUUAUUGGACUUAAGAAACUCUUAAAAAUGCCAAGAAGCAAGUUAAAUGAAUAUGAAAAUGGAGAGCUUAGUUUCCAUGGAGAUUUAAAAAUCAAUCAAAUUGAAAUGGAUAUUCAGAUUAAUAUGCUAAAACAUAAGAUUGAUGACCUUACAGCAGAACUGGAAACUGCAUCUUCAAAAUGUCUACAUCUGGGUGCAAAAAAUCAAGUUCUUCAACAGGAGUUAUUAUCUAUGAAAGUAAUGCAAAAGAAAUGUGAAAAACUAGAGAAGAAUAAAAAGAAGUUGGAACAAGAAGUAGUGAACCUCAGAAGUCAUAUAGAUAUGAAUAUGAUAGAACACAGUCAAGUAGAGCAGUAUAAACGGGAGAUUGAAGAAAGAGCAAGACAGGAUAUAAUAGAAAAAUUAAAAGAAGUCAACCUAUUUUUACAGACACAAGCAGCAUCUCAAGAAAACUUAGAGCAGUUAAGAGAGAAUAAUAAUGCUUCAGUAAGAAGUCAGAUGGAACUCAGAAUUAAAGAUCUGGAAUCUGAACUCUCCAAAAUGAAAGCUUUUCAAGAAGAUUCUAAUAAAACAGAAUUGGAAAAAUAUAAGCAACUCUACCUCGAAGAACUAAAAGUUAGAAAGUCAUUGGCAAAUAAACUGAACAAGACUAAUGAGAGGCUGGCAGAGAUCAGUACCAAACUACUGGUGGAGAAACAGCAGAACAGAUCUUUACUCAGCACUCUUACUACGAGGCCAGUCCUGGAGCCACCUUGUGUAGGAAGUCUUAAUAAUAGUUUAGUGCUCAAUAGAAAUCUUACUCCAGGAGAAAACUUAGAGAUUUCUACCUCAAGUUCACGCCCUUCAAAUAAGAGCAUGGAGAUUUACUUGACCAAGAUGCAGCAGGAGAUGGAAAAAAAUAUAACUAGAGAACUAGAAAAAGCUGCUGCUGAAUGUGAAUCUGGAUCCUAUAGAGCUUCUCCUCUAGGAGCUACUGAUGAGUCAAAUCUAAAUCAGGAUCUAGUUUUGAAAACAUCACAAGAAUAUGUACAGAUUUUGAAGAAAAAUUAUAUGAUCUAAAAGAUAAAUAGUAAAAAUUUCCCUACUGGGUUGUUUGCAUAACAUUUUAGUUGUUUCCCAUUAAACAUGAUGUGAAAAUCUUUAUUAAAGGAAAAUAUUUUUGUAUUAUAUGUGUAUGAUGAAAAUUUAUAUAGUAUUUUAAACCAUGUUUCUCUGCAUCUAACUUACUUUUAAGCAGAUUUUGUGAAUCAAAACACUGUUGAGUUUUACAUACUCAAACUGAGCCCUGAUACCAGCACCCAGACAACCAAACUUGUCAUUAAUAUAUAGUGGUGUUGAUUGAUAGCUUGUUUGUAUUUCCAAUUUUAUCACUAUAUAUAGACCUAAAGAUUUAUACAGACAUCAUUUGGAUAUACUGCUGCUAUGGCUAUUGUCAAUGUUUGUUUUUAAAAAAAAUAUUAUUUAUUUAUUUUUGUUUUUGUUUCUUGCGGUACGCGGGCCUCUCACCGCUGUGGCCUCUCCCGCUGCGGAGCACAGGCUCCGGACGCGCAGGCUCAGCGGCCAUGGCUCACAGGCCCAGCCGCUCCGCAGCAUGUGGGAUCCUCCCGGAUCGGGGCACGAACCCGUGUCCCCUGCAUCGGCAGGCGGACUCUCAACCACUGCGCCACCAGGGAAGCCCUAUUUAUUUAUUUUUGACUGUUGGGUCUUCGUUGCCGCAUACGGACUUUCUCUAGUUGCGGCGAGCGGGGGCUACGGGCUUCUCAUCGUUGUGGCUCCUCUUGUUGCGGAGCCUGGGCUCUAGGCGCGCAGGCUUCAGUAGUUGUGGCAUGCGGGCUCUAGAGCACAGGCUCAGUAGUCGUGGCGCACAGGCUUAGUUGCUCCAUGGCAUGUGGGAUCUUCCCGGACCAGGGCGAGCCCGUGUUCCCUGCAUUGGCAGGAGGAUUCUUAACCAUUGCGCCACGAGGGAAGUCCUUAUUGUCAAUGUUUGAUGUAUUACAAUUGUUAUAGUGCCAUAAAACUUAGUAUAUGUAACUUCAAACACUUAUUCAUAGAUCUUUCCUCAUGGAGAAAUAAAAUUUGCCUAUGACUUUU